UAGCCCACGUGACUAAAAAAGAACACUAAGGUGGGCUUUCAAUAGAAACUCCAUCACCAACCACGAAUUUUCUCUUCCUUUUUCCUAGUGGAUGCGAUACUGCACAAGAUGAGUGAAUACGGACAAGGCAAUGGAGAAACUUAUAACACGCAACAGUAUGCUCAAGAUCAAAGUCAACAGCCUGCGGCAAUAACCGGAGGAGGGGCCGACUUUACCAAAAUAGAGCCGGCUCACAUGGAUGAACCUCAAUCUCGCCACAGAGACAGAGACAGAGGGAGAGGGGACAGGGGAGGGGACAGAGGUCGCGACAGGUCCUCCGAGAGACGCAGUCGUAGGAAGCGGAGUAGGUCACGUGACCGUGGUGAUCGGAGACGUCGUAGCCGAGACCGUCGCCGUAGUCGCUCUCGAGAUAAGAGAAGUCGUUCCAAAGAUCGUAGGAGGAGCAGAAGGUCCCGUUCCAACGACGAGCGAGGUCCAGAGGAGGCUAUGGAAGAUCGUGAGGCAGAGAGACAGAGAGCCAAGGAUCGUCACAAGAGCAAGCGGAGGACUGCCUCAAUGUGGUGGGACGUAGCCCCACGAGGGUUCGAGCACAUCUCCCCUCUCCAGUACAAGGCUAUGCAAGCUGCUGGUCAGGUACCGACUGUGGGAGCUCCUCCCCCUGCCCUGGGUGCAGCCACAGAGGCCCUCACUAUCCCCCCACCCUCUCAGCCAGCCGCUAGUCAGAUGACACGACAAGCCCGCCGUCUUUACAUAGGGAGCAUUCCCUUCGGUAUCAGUGAGGACGCCAUGUUGAGAUUCUUUAAUGAGAAGAUGGCUGCAGCUGGCCUUGGCACUGCUGCUGGCCCACCUGUGUUGGCUGUGCAGAUCAACAUGGACAAGAACUUUGCUUUUGUUGAGUUUCGAUCAGUGGAGGAGACCACCAAGGCUAUGGCACUGGAUGGCAUCAUGCUGCAGAGUCAGUCCCUCAAGAUCAGGAGACCCAAAGACUAUUCUCCACUAGGAUUCAGCAGCUCUGACCUAGUGACCCACCUGCCUGGAGUGGUGUCCACUGUGGUACAAGAUGGCCCCUGGAAGGUCUUCUGUGGGGGACUGCCAACCUACCUCUCAGAUGAUCAGGUGAAAGAGUUGCUCUCAUCGUUUGGUGACUUGCGUGCCUUUAACCUGGUCAAGGACAGUGGCACCACAUUCUCAAAGGGGUACUGCUUCUUUGAGUAUGUCAACCAUGAGAUAACAGAUGUGGCUAUAGCAGGACUUAAUGGUAUGCAGAUAGGGGACAAGAAGCUGGUUGUUCAGAGGGCAAGUGUUGGGGCCAAGCCAGGGGACAUGCUUAUGGACCAGGCGUUGGAGGCCGGUCUAGCACAACCAAUCAAUAUUCCGGGUCUCUGUGUUGCCGGGACGAUGCAAGAAGCCACAGAAGUGUUGUGUUUGAUGAAUAUGGUGACUGAGGAAGAGCUGAUGGACGAUGAGGAGUAUGAAGGUAUCAUGGAGGAUGUGCGUGAGGAGUGUGAGAAGUACGGGGAUGUCAAGUCCCUCGAGAUACCACGCCCUGUGGAUGGCCUCCCAGUGCCUGGAGUGGGCAAGAUAUUUGUGGAGUUUGUUGAUGCUGGUGAUUGCCAAAGUGCCCACUCGUCACUGGCUGGGAGGAAGUUUGCUAACAGAGUCGUGGUGGCCUCCUUCUUCCCACUCAGCCAGUACAAGCAAAAGUACUUUAUAGCAGAAUGAACAAUCAGUGAACUUAUGAAUGUACGUACGUGUAUGACUAUAAUUAUGACUGUACUAUGCAUUUUGAUGUUUCUUGUUGGCAUAAA